GUGCUUUUUUUGAGGGCACACAAUUUGUGAGGUCUAGAUCGGGUUAAAACUCCUGUUUGUGUGCUGUGUGAUUGCUGCCUUUUUGAUGUAUUUAAUUUUACUAUUAGCCCUUCUUACAAAAACUAGUACAGACACAGUUUAAUUUGUUAUACACCGUAACUAAUGAAAAGGUCACAGUCAUAGGCUAUGGGUUUUCCUGUGUUCGUAUUAGGACUAUUUAGCUUCCAAGUGGCAAAUCACUAAAGCAAAACAAACAACUCCCUCUUGCAUACCUUUUGUUUUUGCAGUGCAUGCAUACAAAAUGUAUUCUCAACUGUAAGUAAUUCAGAUCAAAUAAGGAAUUUCCGGUUAUUUCAGCAUGCAGGUACAGAUGAGAAAAAUACAAGGCUUAAAAUACUGCUGACAUUUAAAGUACUUCCCUACUCUUAAAACCGUUAAAUUAGUGUGACUCUUCCAUAAUCACAUUGCUUUUCUCACGUUUAAAUUAUACACAUUUCAUUUACCUUUAGAAAACUGUAGUUAUCGGCAUCAUAAUCUACAUUCAUGAAUUAUUGCAAGUGCAUAGUUUGUGCUUAUAAUCUUCAGUUACAGUGUAGUUCUGAAAAAUCUUUGUUCAAAUAUCCUGUACUGAUUAUCAGUAGUAGCUCUAUAAAUUACAAUUACUGUAGUCUAGUGUACUUGUUUCUAUAUAUUCUAAUAACAGAACUGAUAGAAAUAACAGGUCAUUUUGAAAUCCGUAAAUCUUAAUUGUGUCUUCCCAGCUACAGUUUCUUUUGACACUUUAUGGUAUCAGUAGCACUGCAGCAGCUGAAAGAAUUGAUUACUUAACAUCAGUCUUUAAAUACUGGUAUAGAGACUGAAGAGCAGUGCGAAAUGUAUGACUGAGAGAAUGUAUAUAGUUCCAGUACACACUUCCAAAUUAUUCUAUCUUAAAACUGAAAGAAUUCAUAAAGCUAUUCAGCAUUCAGAGAGAAGUCGCUAAGGUCCUGUGUCUUUCACUUCCUUCUAUAUGAAACUGUUCUUACUCUGUUUUUCAUUUCUCCCUUGUGCCAUUCCCCUCUCAUCCCUGGACCUGAUUAGCAUUGAAGAAGAACUUUGCCUUCAGGCAUUGGUCAGUUAUUUAAAACACUCUAUUUUGCUUUCUAUCUAAUAAUUUAUUUUAAGUCAAGGUAGCUAGUUUUUCCUAAUCAUUUUUCUCAGGAUAAGGUAUAGAAUUAAUCAUAUAAUUACGAUUCUGAUGGAUCCUUUGGUCUGUCAACAUUUUAUUUGGGAACAAAUCCGGUGUUUUGUGAAGACCUAUCACUAUAAAAUGUGAAAAAAUUGAGACUUUAAUAAAAACUAUAAUCUCUCAUUUUUCUUCUUGAUUAAAUAGUAUUGAAAAUACAUUUUUAUACCAUCUCUGAUUCAUUUAUGUAGAAUAUUUGCAUAGCUAAACAAAUACUUUUAUUCUAGAAAGAAUUUUUUCCUCUGUUCUUUCUUUCCUCUACGUCUUUUAGAUAAUGGAACAUAUAAUGCAGUUGUCAAAUUAUUAAAAUAUAUUGUAUUCUUGAUUACAAAGGCCAGGGAUGUUCCAUGAGACAUCAUCUAUUUAUUGCUCUUUCAUUAAAAAUUAAAAAAAGUAAUAUUGACAAGCUUGUAAAUAAAUCAUAAGAGUAUGAUAUAUGUGUAUAUAUUCAUACAUGUAUUAUGGAAAGUAGUUUGAGAAUUCUUCUAAGAUAGUAGAGGGGAGGGGAGGAGAAGGGAGAGAACAAGAGAGGAGAAGAGAGGAGGAGAAAUUUCUUCUACUCUUUAGCAAGGAGAAUGAACUACUAGGCCACAAAGUCAGUUUAUUUUGAACUCAGUAGAGUUGAGAUUGCAAGGUAAGCAGGUAAACUGAAUUACAAAAGAUGAUGAAUCUUUCCAGGUCAAAUACACAAAUUGUUUCAUUGUGGUAGGACUGAGACAGAAGUAUCUACCAUAAAUGUAGAUCAGAAAAAAAUGGCUUCAACUUUAACCAGUUAUUAUAUUUGUUAAUAGUAGGUUAUGGAUUCAGUAUAGGAUUUCUGGAAACUGCAGAUACAGAGCAAUGUAUAAUUGCCACUUCUUUUCUCUGGGCCUCUAGUAAGGGUUUGUAAGAAGGGCUGGAGACAGAAGAUGUAAAACAUUCUUUUUCAUUACAUGGCAUGGUAAGCAGAAGAAUGACCCUCUAAAGAUGUUUAUAGUCUAAUCCUGGGUCCUUAGAUGGUGUGCAAACUUUGUAGAUAUGAUCAAGGAUAUGCAUCUGGAUUAUUUAAACAGCUCUAAUUAAUAACCCUUAAAUGUAGAGCCUUUGUUUUAGUUAGAAGAAGAGAGAGGAGGGGAGAAAAACCAAAAGCAAUAGGUUUUAAGUGGUUUCCAGUAGAUGAAAACUGCAAAGAAAUUGAUUUUUUCCUUUAUGGCCUCCAGAAAGCAGUGUAACCUUGGUGACAUCUUGAGUUUUAGUAAAGUGAUCUGUGUAUCAGAAUUCUGAUGAAUAGAACUGUAAAAUGUGGUAUUAAAGUUACUAAAUUUAUGGUAAUUUGUUAUAGCAGCAGUAGAAAUCUAAAGAACAUGGAAACAUGGUCUGCUUAAGUUUGAAGGUGGAACUGAACAUUAGAGAAAGCCAUCUGCAUUUUAGCCCCCAUAUAAAUGAAAGAUGAUUAUUGGCUACAGUGAGGGACAAGCAAGAGAUCUGCUUGUGUUCUGAGUCCUUCAAUAUGCUUAGUCUGUCAGUGCUGACCAAGGAGCACUGUCCACUGUAAUUUGGAUCCUAUUCUGAUGCCAAGCAAAAAGCUCUGAAACCAGAAGAAAGAAGAAACUCUACCUCUGGACUUGCAAUGACCAGUGUUAGAGGUCUGCUGCUACAGAAGGACAGAAAAUUCUGGGUCCCACACUGACACUGGCAGAAACCAUUUGCAACUCAGAAAAGGUACAAAACUAUCCUUAAUGGACUGUUCAUAGAUACCAGUCAGAAGCCAUUUGCUGCUAGAAGGGGGCCAGUUAACCUCAUGAUAGUUAGACCUUCCAGGGUUAAGAGACAUUGAUUGAUACAAGGGAGGCCAGGAAGGGAGCCUGUCUUGGAUUGCUUUACUGACACUAGGUAAAGGUCAUGUGUUGCCACUGGGGUGGGAGGAGGAACAACACUUUCAAGCAGGAUACUACACAGAGCAAGAGUGUUUCAUUAUUGUGGGAGUGAUGGGAACACUAGGAAAGCCCACUUUUGAGGGAAAAAUACCUAGCAGGUGAUAAUGGCAAUUGCUAGGGGUGAGGAAAAACACGUGAUUGUUCCACUGUGAAACUGCACUGAGAAAUAGGAAUGUGGCAGGACAUCCUUUUCUGUGAUGCAUGGAUGGACAGAUGAAGCAGGCAUGAAUACCAGAAUCUCCUUUGUACUUUAGUCCUCACAAUGAAUGCAAAGCUGUGGCAAAUUCUAUUGUUGGGAUACUUUGAAUCCAAAUGCAUAUAACAUAUGGACUGGCUAAAGUUUCACAUAUGAGUUGCCUACAGAGUUGGAAACAUGUCUUUUUUUGCAUGAUAAUAUUUACUUUACUUCAUAAUUUAUUAUACAUAUCUAAACAAAUAUGCCAACAACCAGCAUUGUUAAUAGAAAACAAGAGGCUAAGAUGUUGAAAUUAUGAGUCUUUAAUCAUAACUAAGCAGGGCAAGAUAGUGAAUGCCUGCAGUUCUAGCAUUUGGGGAGGCUGAGGAAGUAGGAUCUCAAUUUACAGCCCACUCUGAGCAAUUUAGGGACUCUAUUUCAAAAUAAAAGCUAAAAAGGGAUGGGAUUGUAGCAUUGCGUUUUAACCUUUUGUGUGUGUAUGUAUGUAUACAUGUGCACAUGCACUCAUGAUUAUUACUAAAAAUGUGGGCAACUGAAAAAUUUUGGAGACAUAGUAAUUAUAUGAAGAAUUCAGAUGAAAACACUGGACAAGAAAAUCUUGAAGAUGAAUGAUUCAUUUGCUAGCUUAUUAAUUGGGCACAGUAGAGACUAAAAAUUAGUGAUCAGUGAAGGUAAAUUAAUAGAAAAAUGCCUGAGCUGAAAAUAAAAAUGAAACAAAAGGGAGAGUUGAUGAGAGCAAAUUGAAAACAUUGACAAUACUAAUUGCUUUCAUGCAUUACUGAUGGUGAUAAAAAUGGCAUAGUCGCUUUGAAAAACAGGUUUUUUUUUUGCCGGGGAUUGAACUCAUGACCUCUCCUUUGCCAAGCAGGCACUUACCCUGCUGAGCUAAACCCCCAGCCAACUUUAUUGUUUUAAAAAUAAAUAUAGUGCUAGGUCUAGCAGUAAAAUUUGGAAACUUGGGGUAUUAGCAUCUAAAAACUAUUUAAUAUAUGCAUUCUAUCUAGAUGCUUAGUUUGAAUUUGCUUCUUUGCACUUUGUGAUGAUUUUUUGGUACCUUUUAAUCACUGCCUUUUUUGCUUAAGCCACCAGAAUAACUUCUUUUAAUAAUUUCUAAUGAGUUUAUAUUAGUACUUCUAAUUGAAAUUUCAGUAUCUAUUUUUUUUUCUCAUGCUGAAAACUUUGCUCUCUAACAAUACAUUUGCAUAUAUUUGUGUGUAUCUCAGUGUGUAAAAUUUUCAAGUUAACAAUACUUGGUUUACUUUCUAGCCAUAUAAUUGUCAACAGUUUUAAAAUUUCUAUUAGGGUAUAUCCUAAUGGAGAUAAAAGUCAAAUUAUAUCUUAAGAUCAUUUGAAACAAUUUCUGUUUUUAGUUAAACCAUCAAUCAAAUUGUUUCAUCUUUUGUUUGAAAUUUUAUGAUUGUUUAAUGAAUUUUCAUGGCACUGAAAUAAAAACUUCAAAAUAAUGUUUCCAGAGAAGCCUCAUUUCUUCUCCUUUCAUUGGUUUCCUUUCCUAUUGAACAUUCCUAUAGAACAUUUACCUUUUCUUAGAUAAUAUAUAGCACUGUAUAAGUGUUAUUCUGUAUUUUGCUUUUUAUAAGUAUAACCAGGAAUGACUCCAUCAGACUACAUAGCAGUCAUUGGCAUUCCUUUUUAUAACUGAAUAGUACUUUACUCAUCUCGUCUUUGCAGUUAUACAUUAAUUCGGGAUAUAGGUGACUUAGCAAAGUUCAGCACAUUUCAUAGCUGCCCAGGGGUUAAGGGGGGACGUAGACUGGUUUUUUUUGAAUAGUAAAUUAUUUUUCACUUUAGAAGGGUAAGGGAUAAUUAUAAAUUUUAAUAGCAUCAUGUCCAGUAAUUUUUUCUCUGGAAAUAGUUAGAAUUUUAUCUUUUGGGAUGACAUAGAAUUUUAACACAUCGAUCGAUCGAUAUAUUCUGUUGGCUAGAGCCCAGUCACUUGAUCACACAUAACUGCAAAAAAUUUUAGGCGAUUCAGUGGCAUGUGUGCUCAGGAAGAAGAGAAGAGUAAGAAUUUUGUUGAACUGCAUACUGUUUCCUACAUUUUUAUGUCUGUUCUUCACCACAUCUACCUUUCAACCCACACAUAGGACGUAACCUAUACUUCCCUGUGAACACAACCCACAGUCCUAUUAGGGAGUCCCUAUUUCAAAUUAAAAACUUCAGCUUCUAGUGCAGAGUUUCUGGGUGACAGCCACUUCUUAGCAUUUUUGCAUGUGGUUCCUCAUGAUCUGGAGAUAAACUUAGAAUUAAUACCAUCCUUCAUUCCCCAUCUCCAAGUAUAAAAUGGCUAAUUGGGGUCAGGGUAGCUAGAACACUCCCAUUCCUUUACAAGAGAAUGGAAGGAAAACAGUGGUCUGUGAGUAAAACCUAAGUGGCCUCUAUGGAACUGCUUGCACAGACUUAAACGUAGAAAUUCUUGGUUUAUCCUUGUGUCUGAUCUCAGGGAGGAGCUCUCUUACCCAGCAUUCUCCGUGGCUUUGUGCUCCACCCUUUUCCUAUGCUACAAUGUCUUCCUUGACUAUUGCUGAAUUGAAUUAUGGAUGAGAUAUACUCCUGGAGAAGUUACAUAUUUCAGGACAUUCCAAGGAAUACAAAUUUGGGAUCUAGAAAGCUAUUUUAAUAUUACAGAUUUUAUUAAGUCACAUGCAGCAUUUACUAGCAAAUACAAUAUCCUCAAAAUUUUUGAAAACUUUAAAAAAUCUAUUUGCUUCCAAUUAGUUCCAUGUUUUUCAUAUAAACAUUUCCACAAAGAUUUUCCUCAUACCAAAGUUUCAUAUCCCAAUACGCAAAUAAGUAUUUUUGCUUAGCAUACUGCACAUCUCUUCUACUUCAGUGGCAGCUAUUGUGAAGGCAUAUGAUAGGGCACAGUCUGUUUAACUGAAAAAUCUUAAUGAACCUUUGUUGCUGUUGGGUUUUGUGCUAAUCUCAAUUGCUUACGAGAACCCAGUGUUUAAAUAUGGCAUGGUUUCAUUAAUAGGAGAAACUCAAACUAUAAUUUGAAGAGAGAUAGCAGAAGCAGAGAGAUAAUUGGAGAUGGAAAGGGAAUGAGAAGUAGGGAGAGGGAGAGUAUGGUGGGCAGAGUGGGAUGAAGUGAAGGAGUAAACAUGAUCAAGAUUCAAUAUUUAUAUGACUAGAUCUCCAAGAUAAAUGUAAUUAUUAUGUAUUGCAAACAUAUGCUAAUAAAACUUUUUAAAAAUUCAUUAUGUUGAUGGCCUAAGUAGAGUGUAACAAAUUAGUGUUUAUCUUAGCAAUUAGGGCAGUAAGGAGGGAGGAGAGGGAAGGAAUUCCUAAUAGAAAGGAAUGUAUGGCAGCAUGGCUGGUUAGCUGGAAAGUUCCAGUUUUUGACAAGAUGUGAUAACAUGGUAUAAUUUGUUUCUUUUAUAGUGAAUUUAGGUUAUAUAUCUAUGUCGUAUGUAAACAUAAAAAUAGUUUCAAAAGCAGAAAAAGUUAGUGGAAUAUAAAAUUAAAGCAUAAUGACAUUUUCAUAGAUAUUGUAUUUUGAUUGUUACUGAAUAAAGAGGAAAAGGGAAUUAUGUUAGCAGGAAAUACAACUUAAAAGUUUUAAGAAGCCUUUAUAAAAAAGAUAUUUGAAAAAAGGAAGAGAGAAACAAGAACCAUAAAUGCACACUUUUAGUGCUAAUCUUGGUGCAACCUUCAAUCAUUAAAUAUCUAGAUUUUCCUAGACACUUAAAAAAUUCGACUUAAUUAUUUGUAAUAUAACUUUCAUUAAGUCAGAAAAUGAAUUUCCAAUGAAUUUUAGUAUAGCUAUCACACACUGUGGACAAUAACUAUACUCAUACUGUUAACUCUGAAGAUCAUAAUCACAAGCAUAUUCUAAAAUUAUGUGUAUGUGUGUAUGUGACUAUGCAUAUGUACACUUGUGACUUGGGCAAAUAUUUUGUUAGCAUAGUUUUUUUUCCUUGUUCCUUGUUGGAGAACAAACCACAGAGAGUAAAGUAUUUUUUGAACUAUAAUAUAAAUUUAGUAUAAUAGUUGUAUAUAUUUGUAUAUAUGCAGUCCUAAUUUUAUUACACCAAAAAACCCCCAGAAUGUAAUAGUUGGGCAUUUAGGUAAACAGCUGAGGGGAUUUUACUUGCUCUAUGAUGAUAUUAAAAUAUGAACUAAAGAUUUUUCCUUUUAAGUUUUUAAAAAAUUGAAAUUCAUUUUAACUAUUCAUAAAAAUAUAAAAACUGUACAUUAAUGGGAUGCUACCAUGUGACAUUUGAAUAUAUAUGUACAAUGUGUAAUGUUUAAAUCAGUUUACAUAUAUUUAUCUCCUGAAGUUUUUUGUUAUUUAUUUAUUUAUUUGUUUAUUUAUUUUCUUUUUGUUUUUUCAAGACAGAGUCUCCUUAUGUAGUUCAGUCUGGCCUCAAACUCAGGGCAAUCCUUCUGUCCUAGUCUCCUGAGGGCUAGGAUUACAGGAGUGCUAUCAUGCCCAGCUCUCCUAAAGUAUUUAUCAUUUAUUUAUGAUGAAAACAUUCAAACUAACUUUUUGAAUAAAGACAAUAUACUGUAUUUUCUAUCAAUAAUAUGCAAAUAUCCAUAUUAAAAAACUCACAGGCAAAUUAAAGUUCCAGAGCUUUGUUUUUGGUGUUAUUUUUGUCAUAAUUAUUAGAAUGUAUGUAGCAAAGAAAAAAUGGUAAAUAAAUUCAUUGAAAGUAUGUUGGUUUUAGGUUAGUCUUGAUGAAGCAGGUGAAGGAAGAUAUUCUUAAAAGUCAUGGAGAAGGAAAUUAAUGUUCUUCCAUCACAGUGAACUGUGGCAUUCAGUAAACUGCACUCUGAUCAUAUCUAUCAUUUAAGUUUCUCUCCUUUAGCUGCCAUCAUUGUCAUCAUCAUGUACCUCACUUAAUGCUUUAUUUUGGAAUGAUCUCAUACCUAAUUUGGACCGUGUCUAAGUAAUUUUCUAAAGACUGUUACUGUGGAUAAUAAGGCACACUGGCCAACAACAAGGUCAAGUCAACCUUAUACUUUAAGACUUAGAAAUUCAUCAUACUUUAAAUUUAAGAUACAUUGUUUGAACAAAUGAUCUUAAAAUCAUCAAAGGAUAACUACAUGAAGAUUUAGUUUUUAGUGCACAUAAAAUUCUUUUCAUAAAAAAAAGAUAAAAUAAAUGGAGUAUUUCAUAAAUAAGCUCUUAUUUCUAAAGAGAGGAUUUUAGGAAUCAAUGGACAAAUAAAAGUAAGCUGUACAUCUUCUAUAUCAGAAUUGAGUAACACGUUCUUAGGCAAAAAGUCUCAUAAGAAUAUAUGGAGACUAGGGCUUGGGACAUAGCUCAACAGUACAGUACCUGUCUGGCAAGCACAAGGUCAUGAGUUUGAUACUUGGUACCCUCUCCAAAUAUAUAUAUAUAUUUGGAAUAUUAUAUAUAUAUAUAUAUAUAUAUAUAUAUUGAAAUAUAUAUAUAUAUAUAUGAUUAUUAAGGAUUUACUUAAAAAUUAAGCAAUGUUAACAGCUUAAUAAACCACAGAGUCACUGUGUUUUUACUUAUUGGAAUGCUAUUUUGAGAUCAAAUUCUUUGUGUUAAAUUUUCUCCAGUAAAAGCCUUGGUGAGGAUUCAGCAACAGGUAAAUUGUUACCAAAAAUAGCCACUCACAUCAAAUCCUUUUUCAGUUUUUAAAACCAAUGUGUAAUUGGUCUAUUUGUGGUAAUGGAUUAUUAAGGUCUCCCAUUAUAAUCAUAUUACUGUUUAUCUUAUAUUUUUGUCUCAGUGUUUGUUUUAUGAAGAUAAGUGCACUGUGCUUUAAUGCAUGUAUGUUUAUAACUGUUAUCCCUUUAUGUUGAAUAGUUAGUUCCGUUAAGCGCUAUGUAAUGUCCUUUCUUGCUUCAUUUGAUCAGCUUUGACUUGAAAUACUCUGACUGAAAAUAAGAUAGAUAUUCUUGCUUGUUUUCAGAUUCCUGUUUUAUGGGAUAUUGUUUUCCAUCCUUUGAUUUUUAGCCUAUGAAUUUUUAUUUUAUGUUAAAUAUGAUUCUCGAAUUCAAUGUACUUUUAGAUUCUGUUUUUGAUGCCUCCUGCUGAUCUGUGUAUUUUGUUCGAUGACUUGUUUUUCUGCAAUCUUGAAAUCAGGAGAAACUUUUAAAUUUUACAGUCCAUGUUAUUAAGUUUUAAAGUCAUGUGCCAUGGUUUUAUGUAUCUAAGAGGUCUGUUUUUAAAAACAACAUUUCUUCUAAAUGUUUUAUUGUGUUAGUUUUUACAUUUAGGUUAAAGAUCAAUUGUGAGUUAAUUUUUGGGCAUGAGGUUUGAAGGAAUAGCUUAAGUUCAUUAUUGCUAGAUUUAUUAGCAUUGUUUGUUUACAAAAGUAAUAAUGUAUCAUUGGGUUUCUGUGACAUCUUCUAAAAUCAUAUUAGCCAUGAACAUAAUUGUUAAUUCCUGAAUCCUCGGUUGUGUUUUUUUCCUUUUUCAAUCUAAAUGUGAUGAUCAAACUAUGUUAAAUAUUACAGCACUGUAAAAAGCUUUGAAAUCACAAACUGUAAUCAUCCAAUUUUGUUAUGAUUUAAAAAUGUUUGACACUUUAAAAAUUUGCAUUUACAUGCAUACUCUUAAGAAUAAUUUUUAACUUUCUGCAAUAAAAGAAAUCUUGUUUGAAUUUCAUAGUGGUUUCAUGAAUAUGUAAAUUGGAUUUUCAUAUAGAAAGACUCCCUUAAACUGGAUUUCAGUGUAGCUAGUCUUCCUUGCUUGCACAGGUCUCUGGUAAAUUUAAAAUAUAAUGUCAGCCACUUAUUUUCUAUUCUAGUUGUUGCAAGAGUACUUCAUAUGUUAUGUGUAUUUGGAAGUCUUCACAUGGAAUUAUUUUAUUUCUUCCUAGUUCUGGAGAUUGAACGCAGGGCUUUGCACAUGGUAAGCAAGCAUUCUGUCACUGAAUUACAUCUCCACACCCUCAUAAGUAAAUUUUAAGUUUAGAUUACUCUGGAUCAAGUGACUAUUUAACCAUCUCUGGCUCCUACCCUAAAUCAGACAGAACAAACUGGAAGUACUUCAUACAAUUAGCUUAUGGAAUCCUCUUAAGAUGAAGACAAAAACAAUAUUAUUUCUCUCUGUGUUUUACAAUGAUUGUCUUGAAGCUGAGAGAAGUUUUAAAGCAGAAUCUAAGAUCAGAGUUGUAUAAGCAGAGAAUCUGAUUUUCUGUGGCCCUGUGACUCCAAAUCCUCCCAUAAAAACUGUUAACUAUAAAUACUCAGAAGGAAUAAAAUAUGUAACUGGGCUAAUUUAACACUUACAAGUCUUAAAAUUUAAGUCAUCAAAAUGAAUUAACAACAGAAAGAUAAAACUGAAUGUAUGGGAAAGUCUUUAUUCUACAAUGAAGAACAUAUGUUAAAUAAGAACUAUUAAGAAAAUUACUGAUUAUUUCAAAUAAUCUUUCAAUAUUAACAACACAGGAGAAUAACUUUACUAAAGGCCUACGCAUGACAGAUAUGUUUGCAAAAUAUUAAUGUGCAAUGUCUGAAGGGGAAAAGGCAUUAUUUAAACUUAUACAACCCCCUGAAACACAUUAUAGGACAAUAAUUGCUUCUAUCCAUAAGAGAUAUGUGCAUGCAUGUUUGUGUGUGUACUUGUGUGCAUAUACAGGCAUGCUUUCUAGAUUCUAAAGAAAUCAUAAUAAGAUAAUACAUAGACAUUAGUUAUCAAUUACCAGAUUUUAAAGGUAAUGUAAUGGUUGACACAUUGUGUCAAUUUGAGAAGUCUAGAAGUUUAGCUAAGUAACUGAGCAGUUUUACAUCCUAGGUUAUAGAUGACAAAUCCUUACCUCUCUAGGGUAUUGUUCAUAGUGUCUACUUGAGAAGUUUAUAAGUUUUAACUAAGUCACUCAUCAGGAGGACAGGGUCAUUAUUUUAUAAAUACUACCAUGAACCGGUGCAAGUGAAGCGCAUGGAGAUGGUAGGUCUAGCAAUGAUGGGUAGGUUGCAUAUAAUAUAAAGGAGGAAAAGAGGCUUGUUCUCUCCCUUCUUUUGCUUUUGAUGCUUUUGCUAUCUUUUGGCAUCUUGAACUGUUGCUCCUCAGCCAUGCCACUUUGCCUUGGACCAGCUGUUAGAGACUGAAACCUCCACAAACUGUGAGCUAAAUAAAACUUUCUUUCCUUAAGUUUGGGCAUUGGAUAUUUUGUUUCAGCAACAUUAGAAAGAUAAUUAAGACAAUCGAUCUUCUUGGCUUCACAAGAAAUAUUUAGCUGUGUUUGCAAAAUUUGGGCUUUUUUUCUACAUAAAUCUGAAAUUCAAAAUGAAUCGGUAGUGUUGAUCAUUCUAAAUCAAACUAAACUUCAUGAAAUGAUUUAGAUAUUCACUAUUGGUUCCUGUUUUGAGAUCUAAAAUUUUACUUUAAAGAAAUUAAAGCAGACUUACACAAAUUACAGGGAGGUAAAACAAGGAAAAACUACGUAAUACUGAAAUAGAAUAUCUAUUUGCAUUCUAGCAAAUUAGAAUGCAACUUUCACUAACAUUAGUUAUGCUAUAUGCUGAUAUAUGGCAGAGUAUAUGAGUAAGAGCUAAUUUUGGCUCUUUGUGAAAAAAAAAAAAAAAACCAAAACUCUGUUUUCUAUAAAGGCAGGGUUGAAUUAAUCCAUGAGCAUACUCUGCUGCUUUCCAACAAAACUGCCCAUCCAGAAGUUGACGGCAAAUAGAAUUCAAAGUCAAUGUAUUAGAGGAAUCAAGACCAGUAACAGUCCUGUAUUUUCUGCUUUUCACAUAUGUUAAGUUUCUGUGGAGCAUUUUGAUCUUAGUCAUGGUAGAAUUUGCUGUUGCAAAUUUUGCCAAUGUUUUCAUAGUACUGGUGAACUAUAUUGACUGGGUCAGAAAAGGAAAAAUCUCCUUAUGUGAUGAAAUUCUCACUGCUCUAGCUGUAUCCAGGAUUGGUUUGCUUUGGGUAAAAGUAAUAAAUAUGUUUAUAACUGUGCUUAAUCCAAUUUUACAAUGUAAUCUUUUUUUUUUCUUUUUUUUGGUAUCUGCGUGGUUAAUAACCAAUCAUUUCAGUAUCUGGCUCGCUUCUGGCCUGAGCAUAUUUUAUUUGCUCAAAAUAGCCAGUUCCUCCAAUCAUGUUUUUCUUCACUUCAAGAGAAGAGUUAAGAGUGUCAUUUUUUGGGUAUCUUCUGAUGAUAUUUGCACCGUUUUUACAUCCAUGAUCUGUUUUCUGUUGUUAAUCUACUCCCUUUGCAAACAUCUCGGGAAGAUGCAGGUCUAUGGAAAAGGAUUGUAUGACCCCAGCACCACAACGCAUGUGAAGGCUUUGCAAACCGUGAUCUCCUUUCUCUUAUUAUUUGCCUUAUGCUUUUUGUCUGUAAUCGUAUCCAUUUGAUUUUCUACUAGUUUCCAUAAUGAAGUCUUCUUUUUUUCUCAGGUUAUUGGGAUCUUAUAUGCUUCAUGCCAUUCGUGUGUCCUGAUUUGAGGAAACAGAAAGCUGAAACAGGCAUUUUUGUCAGUUCUUUGGCAGGCAAGGUGCUGGCUGAAAAAAUAUUCAUAUCUAUAGCAAUAACGGGGAAGGGUGUGACUUCCAGCAGAAACUGAAGUCUGGUAUUUUGUACUUCAUAAUGUAUAAUUUUUGCAUAGUAUAUUUGAGUGCUUUCUAUAGACAUUCCUAGAAAAUAUUUUAGCUAAACUUGUUAAAUAAAAGUACAUGUUUGUGUGUUAGUGUGCACAUACAGAAAAUAUAAGAAAAAUUGUGAAAAUAUAUAUAA